UGGCGGCGGCGGCAGCGGGUUCGGUUGCGCUUAGCGCACGGGGUAGGAGCGGAGCCCAGGCCGGGAAGAGGAGCCGCCGCGGCCGCCAAUACCAUGGGGAACGUGUUGGCUGCCAGCUCUCCGCCCGCAGGGCCACCGCCGCCUCCUACGCCGUCCCUCGUGGGGCUCCCGCCGCCGCCUCCUUCGCCGCCAGGCUUCACUCUGCCGCCGCUCGGCGGCGGCCUGGGCACUGGGUCAAGCACUGGCCGUGGUUCGGAACGGACUCCCGGGGCUGCGGCCAGCGGCGCUGCGGCGGCCUCGGAAGAUGGGAGCUGCGGAUGCCUGCCCAACCCGGGGACGUUCGAGGAGUGCCACCGGAAGUGCAAGGAGCUGUUUCCAGUUCAGAUGGAAGGUGUCAAACUUACAGUCAACAAAGGGUUGAGCAACCGUUUCCAGGUCAGGCCUGGUGUUUUGUUGGAUCCCUGGGCAUUGAUGCUGCUAGUCGUGGCCUGACACCCGGUGUUCACUCCCCAUCUCCACAUCUCUAGUUUGCAUCCCCCAGCUAUCGCCAAGACCCCCACCACCUACUCUUUUCUCCCAGGUGACCCACACAGUAGCCCUCGGCACAAUUGGGGAGUCCAACUACCACUUUGGGGUCACAUACGUGGGGACGAAGCAGCUGAGUCCCACAGAGGCGUUCCCCGUGCUGGUGGGUGACAUGGACAAUAGUGGCAGCCUCAAUGCACAGGUCAUCCACCAGCUGAGCCCAGGCCUCAGGUCCAAAAUGGCCAUCCAGACCCAGCAGUCCAAGUUCGUGAACUGGCAGGUGGAUGGCGAGUACCGUGGUUCUGACUUCACAGCUGCUGUCACCCUGGGCAACCCAGAUGUCUUGGUGGGUUCAGGAAUCCUCGUGGCCCACUACCUCCAGAGCAUCACACCGUGUCUGGCCCUGGGUGGAGAGCUCGUCUACCACCGGCGGCCAGGAGAGGAGGGCACUGUCAUGUCUCUAGCUGGGAAAUACACACUGAACAACUGGUUGGCUACAGUAACGCUGGGCCAGGCAGGCAUGCAUGCGACGUAUUACCACAAAGCCAGUGACCAGCUGCAGGUGGGUGUGGAGUUUGAGGCCAGCACCAGGAUGCAGGACACCAGUGCCUCCUUUGGGUAUCAGCUGGACCUGCCCAAGGCCAACUUCCUUUUUAAAGGCUCUGUGAACAGUAACUGGAUCGUGGGCGCCACGCUGGAGAAGAAGCUUCCGCCCUUGCCCCUGACACUGUCCCUCUGCGCCUUCCUGAACCACCGCAAGAAUAAGUUCCUGUGUGGCUUCGGCCUCACCAUCGGCUGAGCCCUCCUGUCCUUCCUCUGCAGACCAUCGCUGGGCCGGCUGCCCUCCCCUCCUCUCCCUCUCUCUUGGGGUUGGGGCAGUGGGAAGGAGGGGACCUCCCAUGCCCAAGGAUCCCCAGCGCCAGGGGACAGUGCCCAGGGGGCCUGGGGUCCCGGAGGGAGUCCUGGGAUCUGAAGGGCAUUCGAUUGUGAGCGCCCAGGCAGAGGCGCAGAGGCGGCUGUACACAGGCUCAGAAAGGAAAGACUUGAUGUCCUCCUGAGGGCAGCAGAGGAGCGCCGAGCCGCCUGUCACUUCCCCCUCCACCCCUCCAUAGAAAUCAUGUUUAUAAGUUAUGGAAAACCGGGACAUUUUACAGAAAAAAAAAAACUUAAAAAACAAAAAAUAUACGUGGAAAAAAAAAUAGGA